UAUAUUUUGGUAAGAAUAAGUGCCAAAUUCAAGGGUUUUAGGCUGGCUGAAAUCAUAUGCUGUAACUAUGACAACUAGCAAGAGAAUGUGAACUUCACAAGUUAUGUUAUGCCUGUAGUUCCUCCUAACUUCGAGAACAGUUCUUUAUCUCCGAGUUCAAGCAGAAGUCUCCUUCAGUCUGGUCAAACUGGCUCUCAAGCAAAUUUACAGCCACAGUCAUCUUCAACUACGAUAUCCACAGGAACCUUUAAUUUCCCUGACGAAGACACCAACAAUGUCAAUGAUCCAAAUCGAGAAUGGGCCAUAUUAAACAAGUACCUCGAAGAUAAAGAACUUUUACAAGUCAUAAAUUCAUGGUUGUUGCUWAUAGCUGGUCAGGAGGAGCUGCCUUAUAAUCCUUACCCUACUCUAGUGUGGUAUGCAAGACGGCAGGCUGAGAGGUUUCAUCUGUUUUUUGAGGAAGAAGACACCAUUUUACAAAAACUAGAUUGUUCUGCAUAUAAUGUUGGAGAUCAUGUUGCAAGAACACAUGAAGAGCCUGCUCGAUGGGGUCUUCCUCCACUCCUCAAAGCUGUCAACACGAAAGCCUUGGAGAAAUUUGAUUGGUUACUAACAACAAUUCCCUCAGAUGUAUCUCAUCUUGAUACCAGAGAUGCUAAAUACAUUGUCCAUGAGACUGUUCCUGUUCUUACUGGGCCUUGUAUAUUCCUUGACUCUUUGUACCCAGACAUCCCAUUGGUACAAGUAAACUUGGAGUAUGGCAUUGCUGGACCUAGGAAAGAACAUGCUGUAGAAAUGUUUGCUGAAUUGGUACUGAGUGUAUUGGUUCCAGAGCAGGAUGACCAAAGCUGGUCAUACAGUACAUGGACAUAUCAGAAUCUUUAUGAAAACCAGGAGGAGUUUCUUUUCAUGGUGCAGGCUGCAACUAGAAAUCAAAAAACCAUUACUUCAGAGUGUUUAUUUAGAUUGGAUCCAAACAGCCAGCAUUACAAGAGGGGAGAAAUAGUGUGUAAUUUAACUUUUAUGAGGGUUGAAUCUGAUAGAGUAGUCAGUGAAUCUCCAAUGCCUUACUUCAGUGCUUACCAGGGUGUUUUCAAGAGCCAUUCAUCUUUGGUAAAAUAUCUUGCCUGGUUUGAAAAUGUUGAAAAAACAGAAAAACCUCCAGAAUUCUGUGAACCAACAACGAGCUCAACGAAAAGAAGCUCUAUAUUUUUCACAAGAGGCAAGAAGACCAGUAAUACAAACUCUAUUACCUCUACAACUACUACUUCGCGCACAGCUCUGGGAGGAACAUCAGGGGCCACUGAAAGUUCAUUGUGCCCUGAUGGAGGUCCAUAUGCAGAACAUGUAAAAGAAAAGAUGAGGAAGCACCUGCUGCAAAACAUAGCAUCAUUUCCUGGCCAUGAGAACUUGUUUGUCGUUCUUCAUGAUGUUAUUUUGCUGUUACUUUUCAACAGAGAUCAAGACCAAGCAGAAAACGGUCUUGUUGAGGCCUACCGACUUUUGCAGAGUACAUUAUACAAGAUGUACUUGCUUAUUGAAGAGAAUACAUUCUUACAAAGUCUGGUGUCCCGAUUCACUAAACAAGAGAGUGCUGAUUCGUAUGCUGUACAGGUUUUGUAUCUGGAGUAUCGUCAACACCUCAAAGAUCUUCUUUGCAAUGAACUGCAGGAAAGAAGCAUUGGAUUUACCGUUGCUGGUCAAGUUCUUCUUGACAGACUUGACGCAGUUACAAUCAGACCAAGCUUCCACGUGUCUUCCUCAGAUAAGACUGGAACCCUUCCACUCAACACACAGGUUUUUGAUGAGUUACGAGCAAUCAACAAAUACUGUUUGACACUGAUGCUUGGUCUGGUGGAUGACGCUCUUGUCUUCUGUCCAACCCUUAAGCAAUACUUCUCUCCCAUUGACACAAGUCAUCAUUCUUUGCUCACAAAUUAUACAUUCAAACAUGGCGUUGAACAGCAGUCUAUCUUGCAUCAAGACAAAACGUACUUAAACGUUGAGGAUGCAGAAGAGAAAAUUCGUGCGCCAGCAGCGAUCGCUUCUCAAGCUGUCAUUCUCAAGUAUUUUGUGGAGACCAGACUGGAUCAGACGUUUGAAGGGUUCUUAGGUCAACUGUUAAGUAGCAGUUGCCUCCCUCCAAACCCUUAUCCAAGAUUAGUCUCUCAUCUUCGCAUUACUUCUGUCAGUAUGGAAAUGUUUGGAGAAAAACAUGAAAAACUAGUUUCUAGGCUUCUACCUGGCUCAGCACAGCUCAUCGAUGCCAAACAUUACCUGUAUGGAUUUCCUGGUUGUGAGGCAUAUGGGAUGAUAAGUAGCUUGUGCGCUCUUGACAGCAAACACUACAAUGAGCUGCUGAUCAAGACGAAAGUAGUUCACAAUGAAGUCGGUGCUCGAGUCACGGAUCAAGGAAUCAAGGCUACUGUUGGUGUUGCACUGACUGGCUUUAGCCCUCUUUAUGGACGCUCCAUGCCAUACUUCCACGAGGUUGAGCUUGAGGAGCAUUACUUAUUACAAGGACCAUCCCACAUCAAAACAGACACUAUCAAUCAUUUUACCAAGCUUGUGUACGACCAUCUAGCGGGAUUUGCAGAAGAGUCCUCUGUGUUAUUCGUUGGUCUGUUUCUGGGUGACGUACGGCGUAGUUUAUCAGACAUUGUCGAGAAAAAAAGUUCUUUUAUUGCUCAGCUCUCUUCAACUGUCAAGCAAAAGAAACCCGUUUAUAUGAAGGCUUAUGUACAAAUGGACUGGAGACUCGUUCUUGUCAAGAAAUCUUUUUUGCUGCAUUAUAUCGAGGGCCAGUUUAUUGGGUAUCACCGGUUCUACACACUAAGUCCUAUAACCUAUUACCAAAACGUCUUUUCUUCGCAAUCCACAGUAAGUAAACCUACCUCCUCUUACGUGGCAGAGGCCUGGUAUAUGUUUCACAGCGCGGCUGCACAGUUGGAAUAUUUAAUCACUUUGAAUAAAACCCUGCAAAACGUGAUUAACGAAGAGCUGAGCAGGACCUUCACACCAGCAAGAGCAGAUAAGGAAAAUAAUCAAUCUCUUUUAGAUGAAGCAGUUGUUGGUCAAAUGACUAUGGCGUAUUCUCAGAAACUCCACGAGAUCUUGAAGCGCGGCACUUGUAUGGCACCGAGUGGACUUACGGCCUUGUUACAAAACAAGCUUCGUUCAGUUACAGAUGUAAACCAAACGUCCAAUACGCUGCAACUGAAGAUAUCCCAGCAGUCUGUUUCCGUUCUACAAGAAAUGAAUGACUUGCUUCARCCUCUACUGGACGCUUCCGCUCACGAGAUUCACCAGAUCUGCCCAGACGUCCAGCAUGCCUUGCGUUCUAUUACUACGGAAAUCCAGCUAAGUCAAUAAAAGAUAUUUGUUUAAAGGGACCCUAUUGCAUCAAGGGUUAUCUUAUCGCAAUAUUCCAAGAUUAUUUGCGUACCACAGGGAACCCUUAAGGAAACUCUUUCUUUGCUUAGUCACUACGUUCCUUCACAAAGAAAACGUUUAUAUGUACUUAUUGACUGAGUGGGAGGGCCGUA